AUGAAGUUCGUCAGCGCCCUCCUCCCGCUUUUGGCGGGAUCCCUUGUUGCAGGAGAACACACGUCCAACUGGGCGGUGCUUGUAGGGACGUCACGGUUCUGGUUCAACUACCGUCAUCUCGCCAACGUUUUGUCGCUGUACCGUACAGUGAAGCGCCUCGGUAUUCCAGACUCGCAGAUCAUCCUCAUGCUACCCGAUGACAUGGCUUGCAACCCGCGCAACGCCUUCCCUGGAGCCGUCUUCAACAACGCCGACCGCGCUCUUGAUUUGUAUGGAGACAACAUUGAGGUGGACUAUAGGGGAUACGAAGUGACGGUGGAGAACUUCAUCCGGCUCAUGACAGACCGCUGGGGCGAGGAUACACCCCGCAGUAAGAGGUUGAUGACCGACGAAAGGAGUAACAUUUUGGUCUACAUGACCGGGCAUGGCGGUAACGAGUUCCUGAAGUUCCAAGACGCCGAAGAAAUAAGUGCUUUCGAUCUAGCAGACGCUUUCGGCCAGAUGUGGGAGAAGAAACGCUACCAUGAAAUGCUUUUCAUGAUUGAUACCUGCCAGGCGAACACCAUGUACUCGAAGUUCUAUUCUCCAAACAUUCUCGCAACCGGCUCUUCUGAGAUCGAUCAAUCCUCGUAUUCGCAUCACGCCGACCAAGAUGUGGGCGUCGCUGUUAUCGACCGCUACACAUACUACAACCUCGAAUUCACUGAGACACAAGUUCGCGAUCCGACCUCAAAGCUUACCAUGGGCGACUUGUUCGAUAGCUACGACGAGGAGAAGAUCCACUCGCAUCCGGGCAUACGCUACGAUCUGUUCGAAGGGGGCGAACAGGCUGCAAGGAACAGACUUGUUAUGGACUUCUUUGGAAAUGUUCAGAAUGUUGAGGUUGAGGGCGAAAAGAGGAACGAGACACAGUGGAGACAGGAACUGGAGUCUAUCGAGCGAAUGAUCCAGGAGGCAAAGAAGAGACACAACGAGAGCUUGAGUAUGCAUCCACAAGCGAAGCAUGUCUUUGAAGAGACCAAGCCAGCCCACUGUCUCAAGAAGCAAGGUGCAGCCAUGGUGCAGGAGGAACAGAGUUGGUCGAAGCAGAUCGUGGGUACCGCAGCAUUGGUAGGCUGCGCAGUAGUUUGGGCUGCGGGCAGUUGGUUCGAGCUUUGA